UGACCAAUCACAGCGCGCUCUCUGUGUCUUGCGCCAAUGAGCGUCAGUCAGCUUCUAAUAGUUGUCUUGAGCGAGCAAGGAAUUUCGGAAAUUUUCGGAAUCGCUGAAAAAGACCCUGAUUUUCAAAUUAAAUCUUGAGCUGACCCAGACAAACCGACCGCUGUAAAGCAUGGCCCGUACAAAGCAAACUGCCCGUAAGUCUACAGGAGGCAAAGCUCCUCGCAAGCAGCUCGCCACCAAGGCUGCUCGCAAGAGCGCUCCUUCCACCGGAGGUGUCAAGAAGCCCCAUCGUUACAGACCAGGUACUGUCGCCCUUCGUGAGAUCAGGCGUUACCAGAAGUCCACUGAGUUGCUGAUCCGCAAACUGCCCUUCCAGCGCUUGGUGCGUGAAAUUGCUCAGGACUUCAAGACGGAUCUCCGUUUCCAGAGCGCUGCCAUCGGCGCUCUCCAGGAGGCCAGCGAAGCCUACUUGGUGGGUCUGUUUGAAGACACCAACUUGUGCGCCAUCCAUGCCAAGCGUGUCACAAUCAUGCCCAAGGACAUCCAGCUGGCCCGCCGUAUUCGAGGAGAGAGAGCUUAGAUUAAUGGAGUGUCAUUUUGCAUCGUAAUUUUAUCGUUUCAUCUGAGGAAGAGCGGAGAAGGCAUUUAUGACGAGUAUAUCAUCAGCCUGUUCAUAACAAAGAAGGAAUGGGACUCUUGACACGAAGACUUGCAAUGUGUUUUAAUGUAGUAGUUGAUAAAGGUUCAUGAAUUAAAUGUUUUUCCACAACUUCAUGAUCUCUUAUGGUAAAAAGAGCGCAAACAUUUCGUUUCUACUGAAGGCAUAUUGUACUUUGGACUGCACUGCAAGCAUAGCCAAGUGUUGCGGAUGGACAUGAAUAUUAUUCAAUAUUAUGCUGCGAGUGACAGGAUGCCUUCCAAAUCAAAAUUUGGAGUUGCCGACAAAAAUAAUGAAUAGAUGAAGUUUCUCUGCAAAACAUGUAUAACCUUUUGUAUGUAUUCCUUUGGUGUCAAAUAAAUAUUUGCAUCUAACAUUACAAUAGCCAACAA